GUCAGCUCAGACCAUUUUUGAUGACUGCGUUUUAUGCUGUGGAAUUCAGUCUGUGUGGAAUUCUCUUCUAUCAGAGGACUUUCGAAGGUGAAGAACUUUUAAAGAUCGCAUAAAAAGGAUUUCUUGAGGUGGCAUUAAGGCAUAUCUACACAGGAAAAGAAUGGAGGAGUCUGGCCUGAGUGUCAGUGCAGACAGCAUCAGGGUCACAGAGGUCACUGCAGAUGGAGAUGCCCUCAUCUUCACCAUCACCUCUCAGAAGCUGAACAGUGACGUGGGGAUCUGCGUUUGCCGCACGUUCGAGGACUUUGAGUGGCUGCAGCAGGGUCUGUUCAGUCAAGAGGAUGUGUCUGGACUUCAGGGGAUCAUAUUCCCACCUCUUCCAGGAAAACCAGUAUCAUCUUCUCAGUCUCAAGCACAAGCCAAAGCCCUGAAGCAACUCGGUUUCCUGGCCAUGGGAGAGGACUGGAAGUCCUAUUGCAAAGCCCUGGAGAUUUAUCUGCAGCAAGUGGCCAGUCACAGCACUCUCAGCAAGAACAAGGCCCUGGACAAUCUCCUGACAAAUUCAGAGCCUCCAGGGAAACAGCGUGUGCAUAAGGGCAUUUUCAGCCGACUCAGCCACGCCAUGGUGGAGCUGAGGAAAGAGAACCACAAGGAUCUUGAUGAUUUCUUUCAGAAUGAGAGGAAUAACAUUUUGAACACGACUCAUUUCAGUAAGGCUGCCACUGAGAAAUUCCUUGAGGUUGUACUGACAGAGCAAAGGUUAGCAGUGGCCUGUGGGCAUCUUUCCACCUCUCUCCAUUUGUGUGUGCACCAGGAUGACCCUGACGCUGCAAACUUCUCCAAGAUAUGCAUGAAGCUCUCAGAAAUAAUUGAUACAGUUAAGAGGAAUUUUGAGAAAGUGGCUGACAAUAAUGUGUCCACCCUGGGGCUGGGCCUAGACAUGGAAUACCGUGGCCAAGAGGCUAAGAAGGAUAUGCUUUUCAGAAGAACUUGCAAAUUGGUAGAGUUGGAGACAGCCACCAAGAGUGCAGAAAAGGCCAAACCCAACAAGAAGGCAGUUAUGGAAGAAGUGAAAAAAGUGAUUCAGAAAGAUUUUGAAAACCUCUCCUCUAUUGCCAAAGAGGAGAUUGGGCGCUUCAACAAGUCCCGGGUGACUCUGCUGAGGAGCUCUCUGGUUGACUGGUGUGAGAAGCAGCUCCACACGGCGCGUGAAAACCAGGAGCUCCUCUCAAGACAGCUGGAGGCCUGCAAAACACUGCAGUGUGACUGACGCAACACAAAACGGAAAUGGGUGAAGGGGAAACAAUUAAAACACUCAAACAGAUGUAAGGGAAGUGUCAGUCAGUGUAUUUUUGGUGACCACUUUAUACACAAUUGCAAGCCCUUGCACAUUUUCUUGUAAUUAUGUACUUACCAAGGCUAUUACAUGUCAGUGGUUUUCACUUAUAUUAACAAAUAUUAUUUCCACAAGGAAUCUUGUUGUUGCUGUUUACACUGCCUUUUCACACUAAAUAGUUUGAUGUCAGAUGAACUGCUGGGAUGACAUUGCACAGAAAUGAACAGAAUAAAUGCAAAUGAGAAAAUGGA